AAAAUGGCAGAAGGAAAUCACUCCACAGUGACUGAGUUUAUCCUUGGUGGGUUGACAGAGAAACCAGAGCUCCAGCUUCCCCUCUUUUUCCUCUUUCUAGGAAUCUAUGUUCUUACAGUGGUGGGAAACCUGGGCAUGAUCACUCUGAUCCUUCUCAGUUCGCACUUGCACACCCCCAUGUACUUUUUGCUCAGCAGUUUGUCCUUCAUUGACAUGUGCCAGUCCACUGUCAUUACUCCUAAAAUGCUGGUGGAUUUUGUCACGGAGAAGAAUAUCAUCUCCUUCCCAGAAUGCAUUACUCAAUUCUACUUCUUUUCUGUUUUUGCUAUUGCAGAGUGUCACAUGUUGGCUGCAAUGGCCUAUGAUCGCUAUGUUGCCAUCUGUAACCCUUUGCUUUAUAAUGUUACCAUGUCCUAUCAAGUCUGUUCCUGGAUGGUAGUUGGGGUGUAUGGCAUAGGUUUGAUUGGUGCCACAGCCCACACAAUGUGUAUGCUAAGACUAGUUUUCUGUAUGGAUGACAUAAUAAACCAUUACUUCUGUGAUUUUUUGCCACUGCUAAAGCUCUCCUGCUCUAGUACUUUUGUCAAUGAAAUAGUAGGUCUUUGCUUCAGUGCAUUUAAUAUAUUUUUCCCAACUUUGACCAUAAUUAGCUCUUACAUCUUCAUCAUUGCCAGCAUCCUGUGCAUCAGCUCCACUGAGGGCAGGUCCAAAGCCUUCAGCACCUGCAGCUCCCACAUCUCUGCUGUUGCUGUCUUUUUUGGAUCUCUCACAUUCAUGUACCUACAGCCAUCCUCAGUCAGCUCCAUAGACCAAUGGAAAGUGUCCUCUGUGUUCUACACUGUUAUAGUGCCCAUGUUGAACCCUCUGAUCUACAGCCUGAGGAAUAAGGAUGUCAAAAUUGCCCUAAAUAAGUUCCUUGAGAAACAUCAUUUUGUGUGA